UAACAUCUGGUAGAGAAAUCAGCUGGAAAAUAAAUAGUGUUGUUUAGAUCAAAAGAAGAGAUUUUAAACAAUGGCGUCUAAUGUUAAGCCAGUGUUGGGUUACGCCAUAUUUUACGUUAAGGACGUAGCGAAAUCCGUUGACUUCUACGCAAAAGCCUUUGGUUAUAAUGUUCGUCGCUUGGACGAGUCUCACAGAUGGGGAGAGCUGGAGAGUGGGCAGACCACCAUUGCCUUUACCCCAAAGCACCAACACGAGACCGAUGAACUAACCGGUGAAGUCCAGGUUCCAAAAUCUGAUGUCCACCGACCCCCAAUGGAACUCUGCUUUAUUUACUCCGACGUUGACGCUGCAUUCAAGCGGGCAGUGGAGAACGGGGCGGUGGCGGUGAGGGAGCCAGAGGACAAGAAGGAUUGGGGACAGAGGGUAGGAUAUGUGCGCGACAUCGAUGGCAUGCUUGUCAGGAUGGGAAGCUAUGUUAAGUCACCAAAGGAAGAUUGAUUUCAACUCUUUUACAUUAAAAUAAAAUAAACUUACUUUAGCAUUCCCCAGCUUUAUCCAUGAAUAAAGCCUAAAAAGUUAAAGAAUAAAUAAUAAUAAUCAACUUCGAUUUAGCAUUGAAUUAUACAAAA